AUGAAACUCCUUACUAAAGAACAAGAAGAAGCUCACUACAGGUACACAAUCCCUACACCCUCCAAUUCCCUAUCAUCAGCCCAUACUGAUAAGAACCCCCCAAAUAGCUCCGUCGUCAGAGGCGGCACAGUCGGUGGCCUCCUAGGUCUCGCCGGCGGCUUCGCAGGUGUCCUACUCGCCUCACGUCGCUACCACACAAUCCGCAACCUCACCGUCCCAAUGAAAGCCUUCCUGGUGACGUCUUCCGGUACCUUCACUGGUAUCAUCGCCGCCGACCACGCCUCGCGCGAGUACGAGAAUGAGCAAAACGCCGCAUACCAAUGGUAUGAGAAUCGCGAAGAGCGUCUCCGCGCCGAAGAGGUCCGCGGUCUCAGCUUCGUCGACCGCGCCUCUGCCUUCGCCCGUCGCGAGAAAUACAAAAUCAUUACCGCCACCUGGAUCGCAUCCAUGGUUGGCUCGUUCGCGCUCGUUGGUCGCAUCCCCGGUCUCACUGGCCAGCAGAAGCUUGUCCAGGCUCGUGUCUACGCACAGGGUCUGACGCUCGGUGUGCUUUGUGCUUCGGCUGCAUUCGAGAUCUCGGAUCAGCGUCGUGGCAAGGGUCUGCUGGACUCAAAGAAGAAGGCUGAUGCGGCCAAGAAUAAGGUCGAGGAAGUUGAAGAGCAGCCUGUUCACCAUGGUGGUAAUAGUAAGGAAGGCGAUCUGUGGAAGGAUAUGGUUGCUGCCGAGGAGGAGCGCCUCAGCUCCAAGCACCAGUCUCUCUAUGAACAUGAACAUGGACACAAGCAGCAGGAGUCAAAGUCCGAGGAGAGUGAUGAUGAAAAGGACUCCAAGACCAAAAACAAGACCAAGAGCUCCUAG